AAGAAGAAGUUCGAAGCUGUUGGGCUUAGUUGCACUGACGCUGCAUUGAAUGUACCAGCCUAGGAUGUUGCACUAUACAUCUCGAACAACUAUUCUUGCAGCCAGAACGAUGGGAAUGGGAACCAUCCUCCUGCACGCGCUCCUGCUGUUUGCCGGCUGCCUGCAAGCAGUAGACAGCUCGAAAAGGCCGCACGUUGUAAUAAUUGUGGCGGAUGAUUUGGGAUGGGAUGAUGUGAGCUUCCACGGAUCCGAGCAGCUGCCCACGCCCAACAUUGAUACUCUGGCAAGCGACGGCCUCGCACUCCAUCAAUACUACGUCCAAGCUACGGGUACCGCAUCCCGAGCAGCUCUCCUGACGGGGCAAUAUCCCAUCCACACGGGCAUGCAAAACGGAGACAUCGGCAAUUCCGAGCCAUGGGGACUUGCACUCAACCAGAAGAUUAUGUCGGAACACUUCAAGGAUCUCGGUUACGCUACAUACGCUGUAGGAAAGUGGCAUCUCGGCUUCUUCAGAAGGGAGUACACACCAUUAAUGAGAGGUUUCGACAGCCAUUUCGGCUUUUGGACAUCUCAUACUGGAUACUUCGAUCAUAGCUCCUACGAGAGGUACACGCAAGACGGAACAUCUCAUUCGACGUGGGGAUUGGACCUGAGGGAAGACUUCAGGGUCGUCAACGACAAGGCCGGACAUUACGGAACAGACCUGUUCACGGAAAAAGCGGUGGAAAUCAUCAAGCGCCACAACGGCUCUAAGCCCAUCUUGCUCUACUUGGCGCAGCAGGCAGUGCACGUUGGCAACUCGUACCAUCCACUUGAAGCACCGGCCACCUAUGUGAAGAACUUUCAUUACAUCAAAGAUUUAAAACGACGAGUUUUUGCCGGCAUGGUAGGAGCACUGGACAACUGCGUGGGCCAAGUCUUCUCAGCCUUGCACGCUGCACGAAUGCUGGAAGAUUCCAUCGUGGUGUUCACGACGGACAAUGGAGGGGCUGCUGGAGGUGUGGACGGGAGUGUUGGUUCCAACUGGCCUCUUCGUGGUACCAAGGGAACGCUCUGGGAAGGCGGCGUCAGAGGUGUUGGGAUCCUCUGGACGAACAAGAUAGUACGUGGUCGUAUGGCUGCGCAGCUGAUGCACAUCACGGACUGGCUGCCCACGCUAUAUUCCGCUGCAGGCGGAGACAUAACGGACCUCGGCCCCAUCGACGGCAAAGACCUGUGGACUGCACUUGUAGACGACCGCCCUUCAACAAGGACUGAGGUUCUCUAUAACAUCAACUACAAGUACAGAUUGGCGGCUCUCCGAGUAGGGAAGCAUAAGUUGGUCCUCGGGGGAUCCCCGGACGAACAAUACGAGGGAUGGUACGAGACUGUGGAUAGCAAGUCCACCCACCCGCAGAUGACGUCGCUGAACUCGAGAAAAGCCCUCUUCACCGAGUGUGGCGUCUACAAGACGUUGUGGUCUUUCGGAAGGACUUCCCACUUGACGCUGUUUGACCGGUCCAUGGUCGUUGAGUGUGGGCCGAAGCCCACGGAAACGAACUCAUCCUGCAGGCCCAAAGUUCGUCCCUGUAUCUUCGAUCUGGAACGGGAUCCGUGCGAGUACAGGAACAUCGCAGGACGGGAAAGAAAACUAUUGGCGAGGUUAUUCUACAGGCUGCAAGAGAUUCAAGGAACAGGGAAAGGUCCUCUCAGCAAGCCUCCGACCAGCGCUGCAGAUCCGAGCCUUCACUGCAAUGUCUGGGUGUCCUACAUGGAAAGCCAACUCACAGGGAUGAGGCACUCGUAGCAAUAAAUAUCUAUUGCUUAUUAACCAAACAUACAUCUACAUCGCCCCUACUUUGCAGUAAUAAAUUACUACACACCGGUAGUCGCCGGUACAGUAGCA